GACCCUUCCUGCUGAACGAGACACAGUUGUUCAGCAUGGAGAGGUCACCACCACUUCCACAACCACCACUGCAAACUGUUGAGAUGCUGCACAAGCAUCCUGACCUCUCCUUCCUAUAUCGUCGAGGUUCAGCUCCUCGACCACUCUCUGAAGCGACCGAGAUAUUCGACACUGACAACGAAGAAGACUCCGAUUCGGCGCCGCUACCAUGGGAGUCCCAAGGUGACAACGACAGUCAAUCGACCUUGUCAAGUCCGGACGAGCUACCGACACCUCCAAACACCGGUGGUCUAGGUGACUUUGAGUUCCACUUCGAUGACAAGUCGAUCGUGGGCCCCCAAGGGCCUCACCUCUUCCGAGGAACGCCAGAGAUAGUCAGUAACCCCGAAGACGAUGUCUUCCUUGGCCUGUCACCCGUCCCGCAACCGAAGUCGGCUCCAAGGCCUAUUGCUGCACUCAACAACGCCGUUGCAGAGCUUGACGAAUCUCAAGUAAAGGACUGGACAACUGUGCAAGUGGCCAACUGGAUGGCCGAGGCAGGCUUCGAAGCCAGCGUCGUCCAGAAAUUCAUCAAGCACGACAUCUCUGGCAGUGUCCUGAUAGACCUCCAAUUCGAAGAUCUGAAGGAGCUCGACAUCAGCUCCUUUGGCAAGAGACACCGGGUGAUGAGCUCCAUCCAACAACUCCGGAACAGUAGCAUGAUCUCUCUCGAGACCCCGCUCUCACGAACGCCGUCGAAAACAAAUCGAAGUCCUCGAGCACUGCAACGCAUUGCUCGGCCCGAGGAACGACAGGUCGUCAUCCCGGAUCGAUCUCGCUCCCGGAGACGAGGAAGACAACCGGACAUUGUGACCCCUGCCGAGUCAGUGUCCAUCGUCGGAAUCGAGCAGGUGCUUCCCAAAGAACACAAAUGCUCCAAGGGCGAGGACUGUCCCAAAUGGCAGAAGCAACAACGUAAGAUCCUCCGCUUGCAGCGGGCCUUUGACGAGGAUACCCGCCGACCCAUAUCGGAGGCCCGGUCCGAAGCCUUGCCGUCGGUGGUGGGUUCAUCAGACGUAUUAGGCCCAUCUUCUGUCAAGAUCACCCCGGAGAGUUUGAGCUCGGUCCAGCCUCGUGACCCACAGGAGAGCGUGAGACAAUUCCUGAACUUCCAGCAUCUGCACUCGCCGUCCAACUCGUCCAACCCGUCGCCUCCCCCAGCUGCCUCUGCCGCAUUUGCCAACAAGUCAGCUCACCUUGACGAACACCUUCGGGGCCUGCCGAAGCUCACAAUUCCGGGUGCUCAUAAUGACGACGAACGAAGCCCUUCAAGGACUCCCAUCUCUGCGCUUCAACAGCCAACCCAAAUCCAAGCUCAACUCAAAGCCCAGCUGCAAGGCGACCCCUACCACUAUGGCGGUGUCGCCUCACCGGCGGACAUCUACCGCAUCGACACUCCCAUGUCGGCCACUGACAUCCCCAUCACUGCCAUGGCCGUUGACCCGUGUCAGCGAGACAUCUCCCAAUCAGUACCACCCGAGAUGCGGUACGGUGCCGCAGCGGCUCCCACGUCCGUCAGCCCCGAACCCAUACAGCGAUGCACGUCGACCCAACCGCCUCCUCCUCGCCGGCACAUCCGGCAGACGUCCUUCACCCCAUCCAUCGCCCCCGUCAAGGAGAACGAGUCCCAGCCUGAAGUGAGGAAGCCAUCUUCCUCGCGGGCGACCGAGCUCGACCUCGCCCACCACCAGGGUUGGAUGCGCAAGCGCAAAACCACCCGCAUGUUGCGCCAUGAAUGGCAAGACAACUACUGCACGCUGAUCGGUCACGAGCUGACCAUGCACGACACACAUUACGCCACCGCCAAAGCCCUCGAGCGGAUCGACGUGGACGAGUACACUCUGCACGCAUACUCGCAGGCAUCGAGCUCCAAACUCAGCGCGGCCUUCAAAAAGAGUCUCCUCGGACAAGGCAAACUGCCGGCCGGCGAGCACUCGUUUGCCUUUUCCCUCAUCCCCGAGAGCGACAAGGUCAGCAGCAGCCGCAAGCUCUUCGAAAGGAGCAGCACAAAGUCCCACCAUUUCGCCGUCGACAGCUCCAAAGACAGAAUCGAAUGGAUGAGGAAGCUGAUGCUGGCCAAAGCCAUGAGGAAGAACGCCACCUGCGAAAUCUGA